AUGGCGGUGGCCGACUUAGGCUACAUUGCCGGCCAUCUCGGCCUCGAGCAGGAUGGCCUCACCUCGUUAGCCGCCGACCCGAACCUCGCCAGCCUGUUCAAAGCCGUCGAGGCGAAGGCCCACGAAUUUGAUACCCUAUACUCCGAGAAGCUGCGCGUUGAUAUCGAGCUCGAGAAUGCCGUUGUUGGGUCCGAGGCGAGAUGCCAGACCUUUAAGGCGACGGCCGAUAAGGCCUUGAAGGAGGUAGAGGAGCUUCGACAGAAACUAAAGGAUGAAGAGUCUACUCGACAAACUCUUCAAAACGAGUUGCAAUCACUGAGGUCUCGGUCUACCGAAUACGAUUCCGAAAUUGGUACUCUCAAAGAUCAGAUCGAAUCUCUCCAGGCAUCGAACCGGACGAAUAUGGCCCUCCUCGAGUCGCGAAACGCGAGAGACGAUCAACUCUCCGAAGAGCUCUCAAAACAACACCAGAAGAACGUUCAACUCAACAAGGAAAUCACAACCCUGCAGCAGACCGUGCAGGCUGCCCAAGCUGCUUCCAACAGCGCCAAGUACCGAGCCGAGUCUUUGCAACAGCAGCUAGAUCUUGCCCGUCGCAGCGGCGAGUGGUUCGAGAAUGAGCUAAAGACCAAGACCGACGAGGCCCUCAAGUAUCGAAAGGAGAAGGGUGCCCGCAUUGCCGAACUUCAGCGUCAGAACGAGGAGGCAAAGGCAGAUAUCGAGUCCCUCAGGCGUGGCGAACAACAACUCCGUCAGAGGCUUGAUGCAGCCCAAUCCAAGGCCGAUGAGGCGUUGGUCAAGGUUCAGCAGCAACAGGAAGCCUUUGCUCGGACGGAGGAGAGCUACAAGAAGGAGCUUGAGAAUCAAAGGCGCCUUGUUGAGAUGUCCGAUCAACUUACCAGGAAGCAUCAGGACCGAGUGCAGGAAAUGGAGUUGGAGAAGGAAAGGGUUCGCGACAACUAUGAGAACGAGAUCCGCCGAGUCCGCCUCGAUUUGGAGCGCGAGCGCCAGACCGUUACCGAACUCGAAGAGCGCAUUCAACAACUCGAAGGCGAAGUCGAUGAGCUCCAGGCUCGUGCCCAACAUGAGCCUCCUGCGCCAGCGUCCCCAUCAGCUCCUCAGACCCCUCGUGCCAAUGGCUCCGUUCUCGGCCGCGCCUUCUCGCCUUUUACCACGCCUGGUUCGAUUCGUAGCAAGACGACGAUCACGGCUACCCAGGCUCUUGACGAAGUCUUUAAGCUCAAGGGUCAACUCGCGGGCGAGAAGAGACGCAACCAACAGCUCUCGGAUGAACUGGACCAGGUCCUUGCCGCCCUCGAGGCCAAGGCACCUCAAAUCAACGAGCUUCAAUCCGAAAACGAAUCUCUCCGGGUCGAGCUUAACCAAAUGUCUCACUUGUCCGAGCAGAGCCACGAAGAGCGCGAUGUUGCCAAGCGCGCUGCGAGGAAAGCGGAGGGUGCUCUCUCUACUGCACAGACAGAGGCUAAGAUUCUUCGCACACAGCUGCGGGAUCUCAGCAUGCAGAUCCAGAUGCUCGUGUUCAACAUGCAUGCGCGCGAAAAGGGCCUCAACGAAUUGACCGAUGAGGAGAAGUAUCGCCUCGAGCAACUUUCAAAGGGUGAAAUCACCGAAGACGCCCUGGCGGAUAUGUCAGAUACACACCAGUUCAUCACGCACAAGUUUGUCGUCUUCAAGGACAUUAAGGAGUUGCAAGAGAAGAACCAAGAGCUGCUCCGGGUUACUCGAGAAUUGGCGGAACAGAUGGAGAGUGAGGAGGCCCUUGCGGCCAAGCACAAGGCUGCUGAGGACCACAAGGCAGUUCAGCGUCUUGAGCAAGAUUUGGUGAACCUUAACGAAGAGGCGCAGUCUCUCAAGACCACCAUGGAAUCUUACAAGGCCGAGAGGGACAUGUUCCGGCGCCUCCUCCAACAAAAGGCCAGCGCGGGAGAGUUGGCAUCGGUACUCGGAAGCCCAGCCGAAGAUGGCCAACGGCCGCCGCUCGCGAGCAUUGAGACUGGUGCCGACGACCAGGAGGCGGUAUCAGCAGCCGCCCUACGCCAGCUCGAGGCAACCUUCGACAACUACCGAAAUGAACAGAACAUGAUCCGCCAGACGAUGCGCGAGCAGGCUGACCGUCUUUCGAACGAGAAGACCUCACUCCAGGGCGAGGUCGUUAAGUUGUCCAGCCAGCUUACCCUUGCGUCCGAGCGAUACGACAUGCUCCAUGCCAAUUUCGUUGCCCUCCAAGGUGAGCAGGCCGAGCUUCAGAAGCGCAAUCAGUCGCUGUCGGAGACUACGGCGAAGCAAGAUAUCCGUACCCAACAAGUCGCCGAAGAGCUUGUGGAGACUCGAGAGCUUCUCGAGUCUACUCGCAACGAAGCAGCCAACCUCAAGGCGGAGAAGAAGCUGUGGAAGGAUAUUCAAGAUCGCCUCAGCAAGAAUCACGAGACGUUGAUGGAGGAGAAGGAGCGUCUCAGCAGCCUUCUUGCCUCGCAGCAAUCGUUGAUGAAUGAGCGUGACAUCGCAGAAUCCGAGGCUAGGCGCAAGUUCCAGGCCAGGAUCGACUCUCUCGAAUCAGAACUCAGCGAAACGAAGCGCAAACUUAACACUGAGAUCGAGGAAGGAAAGAAGUUGCAGCUUCGGAAGGAGUUCGAUUCGCAACAGUCCCAGAAGCGUAUCGAUGAGCUUACCGCCAGUCUUAGCCAAGUCCGUGAGGAACUUGUCCGGGCAACAACCGCUCGAGACCAUCUCCAAGCGCGCACCGACGAGCUUACCGUCAACCUCCGGAACGCAGAGGAACGCGUCGGCCGUCUGCAGCCGCGACCCACCCCUCGUCCCGGCAUGCCUGUCGAGCCCGAUACGACCGACGAGGAGCGUGAGCAGGAGCUUCAGAACCUUGCCGACCAAGUCUCUGAUCUUAAGCGAGACUUGGAUCUAGCUCAGGCGCAGCUUGACAAUGCGAAGAACCAAGCUGAUAGGUUUAGAGAGCUUAGUCAAACCCAUGAAGAGGCGCUUGCCGAUCUGACAGCAUCUCAGGAGCAAGCCCAACAAGAGAUAGACAACAUCUUGGGCGAAAAGGAUGCUCAGAUCAAGGAGUUGGAGCAGAGAGUCGAAGAGCUCUCAUCCGAGCUGGCUAACUCCAACAACCAACUCUCUGCACUUCGCGACUCGCAGGGUGAGGUCACCAGGAGAUUCGAGGAUGAGAAGCACAUUCUGGAGGAUGAGAUCAAGCGACUCAAGGACGAUGCCGAGAGGUAUUCCGAAUCCGCCAAGUUCCACCAACAAGACUUGCGAGCCCAGGCCGAAAUUGCGACAAAGGCUCAGCAAGACUACGAACAAGAGCUCGUCAAGCAUGCUGAGGCAGCCAAGCUGCUCCAGGCUCUCAGGACCGAGCACAAUCUGCUCAAGAGCGAGGCGGCGUCUUUCAAGGCUGCCGCCGAGUCCGCCAAGGUUACUCUUUCUCAAAACGAAGCCUCGUGGGAGGAGCGCCGACAACAACUCGAACGAGAAAUUCAGGAACUUAACGCUCGCCGAGAGGACACUAACGCUCAGAACCGCCUUCUUCAUCAGCAGCUCGAGGGUGUCACGGCGCAGAUCAGCGCGCUUCAGCAGAACCGACUGCAGACCUACGACGAAACCGAAGACGUCACCGGACCCGUUCCCGACAUUGACGGUCUCCGCGAGCUCAACAGCUAUCUGCGCCGCGAGAAGGAGAUUCUCGAGGUUCAGCAUGACACUCGACUCCAGGAGUGCAAGCGCCUCCAGCAACAGCUCGAGUAUGCGCAGUCGCAGCUCGAUGAAGCUCGUCUCAAGUUGGAUCAGGAGCGCAGGUCUCAUGCUGAAAGCGGCAAGAACUCGCUCUCUCACCAGGAUCUGAUGGCCAAGCUCAACGAAUUGAACUUGUACCGCGAGAGCAGCGCCACACUCCGCAACGAAUUGGCACAGGCGAAGGCGCAACUGACGGAAAAGAAUGCCAAGAUUUCUGAGCUGGAGGCCCGGAUACAGCCUCUCGAAUCCCAGAUUGAGGCUUUGAAGACGGAGAAGACCUUCCUCCAAGAUGAGUUGAAACAGAUCCAGGAGGACCGCGAUCGUUGGCAGAAGAGGACGGAGGAUAUCCUUACCAAGUACGGCCGUGUGGACGCUGCUGAACUCGAGCAGCUCAAGGAGACCGUUACGACCCUCGAAGGUGAGCGAGAUGCGCUCAAGACUGCUGAGGAGCCCCUCAAGGCAAAGAUCACCGAACUCGAGACGCUUGUCGAGACGGAGCGAGGCAAUUGGCAGACGACUCGUCAGAAGUUGGUGGAGCAAUUUAAGGACCGGUCGCGGAAGCUUACGGGCGAGAAGAACGAGGCUAUCCAGCGGGGCAACGAAUUACAGGCUCAACUGGAUGCUGCGAACGAGCAGCUCACCGUGUCUAAGCAGCAAGUCACCAUCGUUACGACGGAGCUCGACGCAUCGAAACAGGAGAAGUUCCAGCUCGAAAAGCAGAUUCUUGAGUUCCAGCACACAGUCAACUCGCUCAGGGAGCAGGCUGCUGCGAACGCUCAGGCGCCCAUCGAGACAGUUGCGGUUGGAGAGCAGCAGCAGCCGACUGAUGGUAUCAUUCAAGAGCUGGAGCAGAGACUUGCCCUCGUUAAGGAAGAGCUCGACGCUGUUAGCAGCCAAAAGGCUGAGGCUGAAGCCGAAUUGGCAAAUCUCCGUUCGCAGCUUCAGACAACCAUUGCCGAGCGUGAUCAGGCCCUUGAACAGGCGCGUGCGGGUAUCGAGGCCGUGGAAGGUCAGCCAGUCGCUCAGCCUGCCGCUCCUGGUGGUGAGUUGAGUGCUGAAGAGAGGAAAGCAUUCGAAGAGAAGAUCCAGGCGGCCGAAGCCAAGGUGGCGGAGUACGAGGAGAGAGCUAAGGAAGCAGAAUCGAGGAUUGAGCAGACUAUUAAGCAGCGCAGUGACAAGAUGAGAGAUGCCCUCAACAAUAAACUCCGAACAGCGCGUGCCGAAAUGGAGGAGGGCUUCAAGGCCAAGGAGGCGGAGUUCGAAGCUCAAAAGGCGGAGUGGAAGACGGCUGAGGGUGAACUACGAUUGAAGCUUGAGCAGGAGAGGAUCAUCAAGGCUGCAGAGGGUGGACCCACCGCUCCCGCCGCUCCGGAUGCCGCUGAUGGGACGCAACAAGUUCCUGCCACCCCGACGACACCGGCGAUGCAGCCCCCUUCAACGCCCGCGACAAAAGGCACUCCAGCCGGAGACCUCACACAGCUGUCCGACGCUGAUCUCCGCAAGCUGUUGACUACGCAUGCUACGGCGAAGUCGAUAUUCGCCAACAAUAUCAAGAAGCGAUUGGAGGUGGAGUCUGCCAAGCUUAAGACGGAGUUGGAGCAAACUCUAAAGGGAGAGUACGAAGCCAAAGUGGCGCAGGCGCGUGAACAGGGCCAGAUGAUGGAGCAGAAGAAGUCGACGGUAAAGAUUAACAUGACGGAGAAUAAGUUCCGUGCGGCGCAGGCCAAGCUCGGUGUUGUGCAGACUGCUGCGGCCGAGACGCCGCAGAAGCCGGUUGGCGAGGUGUGGGAAAUUGCCUUGCAGGCGAAACCGGCUCCUCCAGCCGCCGCCGCUGCUACUGUUCAGCCCGGAUUGGGCCGACAGAAUUCAACUGCCGGCGUCCCGCCAUCUCCCGUUACCGGAACUCCCGGCCCCAGCCCAGCUGUAAACAUAUCCACACCUUCUUCCGCUGCUGGACAGAGGGGCCCCGGCAGCAUGGUCAAACCCGGUGCACCCCAAGGCCAGGUAUCCGCACCUGUUCUUCCUAGUCCAUUCGAUGCUUCGCCAGCCAACCGGCCAGGCGGACCAAAUCCAUUUGCGCUUCCUCGACCACCUACGUUACCACAAGCUCCACCCCCGCAGCAGCAAGCUCCGCCUCAGCAACGCGUUCAGGCGCAACCUCAACUACCACCGGCCCAGCAACAACAGCAAGCCGGAGCCGGAGCCGGAGCCGCCCAGGCUGGGCCGGUGCAGAAGCCUCAGCAACAACAGCAGGCGAGACCCCAGCAGCAGCAACAACAACAGCAAGGACGACCCUCAUCCUUGCCUCAGCCGCCACCUCAGCAGCAGCAACAGCAAAGAGGCCAGAGCGGUCUUCCUGUUCCACGAGGCGGUCACCGCGGCGGUAGGGGCGGCGGCCCGUACGUGCCACCACAGCGAAAUGCUAGCGGGGGCGCGGCCGAACGAGGAGGCGGUCAUGCACGCGGUCGUGGCGGACACGGACGCGGUGGAUUGAAUCCAGGGGCCUCGGACUUCCAGCCGGGAAGCAAGCGUCCUAGGGGUGAUUCCGAGAUUGGUGCGGGAGCGAAGCGGGCGCGCGGGUCUCACUGA